AUGUCCAAGGAACUCCCCCGCCACGAGAGGCGGUCAUCUUCACCGAUGGCCUGUGGCAACGGAAAACCUUUUGACCAUUGCGAACUGACUUUCAAGACCCUGCUCGGCUUUCUGUCAACACGUGUGCUGCGAGGCGGCCCGCGGUUGGUCAUCCAGCUUAUCCUUGCCUUCUUUGCCCUCAUCCUGCUCGGCAAAUUCUUCACCUCGCCGUCGUCAGAUCUCCUGACAUCUGGGUCAAGAUGGUCAUGGUCACCGUUCGGCAAGAGCGAUGAGCCGGUCGGCAACGGUCGUCCUGGAGGUGUGAGACUGGUCGCUUUCGGUUCCCCCGACAUUGCGACGCCUUCAAAUGGCAAGGAUAAGGGAUGGACUGAGUGGCUCUGCGAAGAACUCUCUUGCUCAUCACACCACACCCUCAUCCCCCAGAUCAGCCUCCCAACCCAGGCCCUUACCUCGCACAGGCAUUACAAUGCGACUAUCGACAAAGUCACCCGCGAGCUCGAUCAAGAAAAGGCGCCAGGAUAUAACUACGAUUUCAUUCUAGAGCAGUUUCCCCUCGCCGAGGCAAUUGCCGAUGUAACCGCCCAAGUCGAUCAGUUCCUCGCGCAGCCCCCGCCCAAAGACGUCCCGAAAGAGACCGUUUGGGUCUUCAGUUUCGGCACCUGGGAUGUCUGGACGCUCGCGACGCUUCCUCGAGAACUGGGUCAGGGCAUCAUCGAUCUUGCCGUUCGCGAACUGUUUGUGCAGAUAGAGAGGGUUUAUCAAGCGUCUCUGUACACGGAAUCGGCCGCGUUCUCCGACUUUUGGGCCUACCAGAACGCCGAACUCAUCCAGAAGUUGAACAAGGCCGACAAAUCAGGAGAUGCGGUCGACGAGCGCGAGGUGGAAAACUUUAGGGUCAUCAUCCCGGAGCUUUUCGACAUCUCUUUGACACCAGGAUGGCACGCACAAAGACAAAGCCCCCCGAGCCCGCACACCAAGGCUGAGCAAAUGACCAAUGCGGCGCAUCUCACUGACCGAUGGAACUCGGAGAUCAAGGGGCGCAUGGACGAGUGGAUGCGUACACCAGACCCGGAGCCUAAGGAGGGCGAGGAAAAGGGCCAGUUUGGAUAUGUUCCCUCUAAGCGGCGAGUAGCGUCCCGUCGCCGUCGCGAUGCCAAGGACUCGGAGGCACCAACCGUAACGGCGGCGAUAAGGGUCCCUUUCCCUAGGCGUGUUGGAGCCCAGGUGGAUUCCGCGACGUUUGUGAGAGAGGCGAUUAUUGAAAGGCAGAUGAGACAACACAGGCUCACGGACUCCACCGGUCGCGGAAACAGGACGGAGGAUGGCCAGGUUUACUACGCCGAGGCUUGGAUCCCCUGUAUUUGGGCCAAGACCGGGGAGACGCCUGAAGCGCCAGGAGAUUACUCUGCCUGCGAGAAACCUGGGGACUAUCUCUUCCACUCUCCCUUCACGCUCGGCGAGAGGGCAAUCCAGGAGACGGCCAGAGUCGCUGCUGCUUGGACGCGGAGCAAGCUUGCUUUUGUCGAUCCGGUUGAGGAGGAGCAAGACGGCGAAGAGGAGAAUAAGAAUGAGGUGCAGGCGACUGCGAAGGUCAAGAGGAACGAGAAGAGGGGUGCGGCAAUGUUUCAGCGCGUACUGAGACCGAAUCAGGCGCUGAGAAUUGUCGAUACCGCGUGCCCUACCCUUGAUGUCUGCUAA